AAAUCGAGAACAUGUGGACUGCGCGCGUGGAAGGGGGACCUUGCUGCACCAACCACGCGGCGGUGGCCAUCAGUGACGAGGUGUACUCGUUCGGCGGCUACUGCACCGAGGAGAUGAACACCAUGCGCCGACCCAUGGACGUGCACAUACUCAACACGGGCUCUCUCCGGUGGACGCUGAUCCCGGUGCAGAGCAACCUGGAGAGCGUGCCCUUCCAGCGGUACGGUCACACGGUGGUGGCGUACGGCGAGUACGCCUACCUCUGGGGAGGCCGAAACGAGGACGGCGCCUGCAGCAUCCUCUACCGCUUCGACACCGCGUCGUUGACGUGGCUGCGCCCCCGCACCACGGGCGAGACUCCCGGUGCGCGCGAGGGCCACUCGUCGUGCGUGGUGGGCAGCCGCAUGUACGUGUUCGGCGGCGUCGAGGACCAGGCCGACCGCACCUCGCAGGACGUGCACGUGCUCGACCUGGACACCAUGCACUGGAGGUUCCUGGCCACCAGGGGCAACUCGCCAGAGUGGCGCAGCUUCCACUCGGCGGCGGCCAUCGGCCGGCGCAUGUACGUCUGGGGCGGCCGGCGCGGCUCGGCCGACACCCAGGAAGAGGCGGCGUACUGCGACCGGCUCGCCUACCUGGACACCACCAACGGCGCCUGGGUGCACCCGGUCACCAAGGGGACCAUGCCUCUGGGCCGGUGCAGCCACGCCACCUUCGUCUACAAGGGCGAGAUGUACGUGUUCGGCGGCUACAACGGUCUCCUGGGAACCUUCUUCGCGGACAUGUACAAAUACAGCCCAGAGGGCUCCCAGUGGGCCCAGGUGAAGCUCCUGCGGAAGGGGCCCUGCGCCAGGCGGGGACACCGCUGCUGCCUGAUCGGCAACCGGCUCUUCCUAUUCGGGGGAACCAGUCCGGUGUCGAGUAAAGGCAGUAUCCUGGACCGGUUCCGCGAGUCCAGCGAGACCGUGUCGCUCGUGGACCACCCGGACCUACACGUCCUGGACUUUGCGCCUUCCCUGAAGACGCUAUGCCUUCUCGUGCUGAUCGACUCCCGCAUGGACAUCAGCCGCCUGCCGGACGAAAACAAGUGGGAGAUCAGCUGCAUGACGUCGAAGAACACUUCGAGCCGCCGAGUCUGCCACUGAACUGCGAAGCCUCGUCGAGGGCACGAUGCUGUAUCAAAGAACGGCGCCGUUUUCUUACGCGAAAUAUAAAAGUUUUUG